AUGGUGUAUUACGUUCGUUUCCUGAAGACUCCUCGACUUCAGAGUCAAAAAGCGGGGCCCGUCACUGUAACUGCGCUCAUAUGCAUCACCACGGACUUGGGAGAUGCAUUUCUAGCCCAAGAUAUCGAUUUGCAGGUGAUAUUGAGUUCCAAUGGCUCAGGCAGGAUUCUUUAUAAGGACAACCUACAGUGGAAAGCAGGAAAACGCGAGCUUCCGCUAUCUUUAGGUCCAUUUUCCGCCAGACUAUCCCAGGAGGCUAUCGUGCUAGGCGUAACCGCAGUUGACCCUCAACGGCCGAGCCUGCCCAGUACAGAUUAUCUGCUCGACACCUCUAAACUCCCUCUAGUCAUAUCAGGCUGGAGCGCGCCGUUUGGAGGAUCAGAGACUCUUGUGGCUGAGAAGCUCGUCGAACGACGCUUCCGCCCAAAGGAUCAGUUGGAUCUCCGGAUAUGGGAGGAGACCGGCAACAGCAUUGCGCGGCACAUCUGGGAUGCAGCUAUCGCAUCCGUUAUGUACCUUGAGCAAGCGAUCACUAAGACCCCAGGGUACGCCGCACCUCUGCUCGGGAGCCUGCUACAAGGCCAACGCAGCACCCCUCUUCACGUCAUUGAAUUGGGGUCUGGCUGCGGUAUUGUGGGUAUAGCGCUAGCAGAGCUCCUCUCGCAUUGCUCGGUUCUACUUACAGAUCUUGAUGAAGUUGAGGAGAUUGUCAUGAAAAACAUAGCCGUCGCAAGGCCAGCUCCGUCGUCUCAGGUCAGAUAUCAAACACUUGAUUGGGAUGUAAAGCUGCCUGACGAUUUAUGUGACGGCCACAUUGACCUCAUUCUUGUCUCGGAUUGCACGUAUAACGCGGACAGCCUGCCAGCGCUGGCCAAUGUGCUGGACCGUCUGGUCCAGAUGUCGCCUGACGCUGUGGUACUGGUGGCUUUGAAGAGACGACAUGAUAGCGAAGAAGUCUUUUUCAGCCUGAUGGACUCGGUUAAUCUUUUCAGUCUGCAUAAGGACACCAUGCAACUUCCGUCUCAACAUGACCAGUUUGACGAGAUUGAGUUGUAUUGCUAUGGACGAAAGGACAGACAUGACGCUCAACAUUGCAAGCCCAUCAUGACGAGCUGA